AUGGCCGCCAGCGUCAAUAGCUCGAGCAGCAGCAGCGCCAACAGCGUGCUGGCGCCCUCGCCCGCCUCGUUCAACGGCAUCCCCCUCCUCGCCCAGCUGCCUCAGCUUCCCCAGUUGCCCGGCACAGACACCAAGCGAGCGCCCCUCGACUCGUUCAAGAUCGCCAUCGCCCAGCACGUCAACCAGACCCUCGGCAUCGACGUCGAAAAGGCCAUCGAGGGCGUCGGCCCGGGCAAGGUCGGCGACUUCACCGUCGCCGUGCCCCGCUUCCGACUGCCUGGCAAACCAAACGACCUGGCCGAAAAGGCCGCAAAGGAGUUCCAGCCCAACGAGUGGCUCGAGGCCGUCGAGAACAAGGGCGCCUUCCUGCACUACACGCUCAACUCCGAGACGCUCAAGAAGAUCACGCUCCAGACCAUCCACGUCAUGACCCACGGCUUCGGCGCGCCCCGCAACGACGAGGGCAAGCCGCUGCCCUCGUACGGGUCCAACCGCAACGGCGAGGGCAAGCGCAUCAUUGUCGAGUUCUCGUCGCCCAACAUUGCCAAGCCCUUCCACGCCGGCCACCUCCGCAGCACCAUCAUCGGCGCCUACCUCGCCAACCUCUACCGCGCCAACGCGUGGGAGGUCAAGAAGGUCAACUACCUGGGCGACUGGGGCAAGCAGUUUGGCCUGCUCGCCGUCGGCUGGAAGCUGUUUGGCGACGACAAGAAGCUCGAGGAGGACGCCGUCAACCACCUCUUCGAGGUCUACGUCAAGGUCAACCAGCUCGCCUCGGAAGAGGGCAAGGGCGAGAAGAUCCACGACGAGGCGCGCGCCUACUUCAAGGGCAUGGAGGACGGCGACGAGGAGUGCCUGGGCUACUGGCGCAAGUUCCGCGAGCUGUCGAUCAAAAAGUACAUCGAGGUCUACGACCGCCUCAACAUCCAGUUUGACGUCUACAGCGGCGAGUCGCAGGUGACCAAGGCCAACCUGGAAAAGGCCAUGUCGCAGCUGCGCGAGACCGACUUUGUGUCGCGCGAGGAGAACGGCGCGCUGCUGGCCGACCUGACCAAGUACAAGCUGGAAAAGUGCGUCAUCGAGCGCAAGGACGGCACGCCGCUCUACAUUACCCGCGACAUUGCCGAGGCGGCGCAGCGGUGGGAGGCGUUUGGCGGCUUUGACAAGAUGAUCUACGUCGUGGCGUCGCAGCAGGACCUGCACCUGGGCCAGUUUUUCAAGGUGCUCGAGCUGAUGGGCUACCCGUGGGCGCAGAAGGAGGCGGGCAAGCUGGUCCACGUCAACUUUGGAAUGAUCCUGGGCAUGUCGACGCGGCGCGGCACCGUCGUCUUCCUCGACCACAUCCUCGACGAGACGGCCGACAAGAUGCACGACGUGAUGCGCGCCAACGCGGAAAAGUACGCCCAGGUCGAGGACCCGGAGCGCACCGCCGACAUCGUCGGCAUGACGGCCGUCAAGAUCCAGGACAUGAGCGGCAAGCGCAUCAACAACUACAACUUUGACUGGUCGCGGAUGCUGUCGUUCGAGGGCGACACGGGCCCCUACCUCCAGUACAACCACGUGCGGCUGUGCUCGGUGGAGCGCAAGGUCAAGGACGCCGAUGGCCUCGAGCUGCCCACCGAGUCGCUCGACUUUGAGAGCAUCAAGACGGAGCUCAUCACUGAGCCCAAGGCGCGCGAGCUGGUGCUGCUGCUGGCGUCGUGGCCCGACGUGGUCAAGACGGCGUGCAAGGACCACCAGCCGAGCACCGUCGUCACCUACUGCUUCCGCCUGACGCAUCUCGUCAGCUCGUGCUGGGAGUUCCUGCUGGUCAAGGGCCAGGAGCGCGACCUGGCCCUUGCUCGCCUCUGGCUCUUCCGGUGCUGCAAGGACGUGCUCGGCAGCGCGCUCAAGCUCCUCACCAUUACCCCGCUCGAGCGGAUGUAG